AUUAACAACUUUCCAAGCGCGCAAGUCCUUUCCAGAUUUUCCAGCGCAAUUGUCACUUUUUUCGCACAUUAAAAAAAAGUGCAACACCUCACCGAAGACCAAAGACCGAACCGAAGCCGAUUUCUUUUUUGUUUAAAAUAAUACACAGUUAAGAAGAGUUAAAGCCUGAAGAACGAACGGAGAAGUUGAAGAUUUCAAUUUCAAUUUAUUCUUUCUCGAACUGAAUUGUGUGUGCCUAGGUGUGGUUUUCAGCCGUUUUUUUAAUUUGCAUAUACAACUUUUUAAAUCUUGAUAUUUAAUUCCAUACGAAUACGAAAAGGAAAUCUUUUCAACAUCUUCAAACUUAAUACUGUACAAACAAAACAAGAAACCAGCAAACCAUGACUUCAACUGAGCUCAAAAUCGGUCUCACCAACAGUGCCCGUCCAUCAAGCCGUGUCCUCAAGCCACCAGGCGGUGGUCACACCAAUAUUUUCGGAGACGUCGAUACCCAAGUCAAUGCACCACGUCCCAAAUACAACCAACAGAAUUCUUCCAACAUGAAUGCGUGCAUGAACUCGGAAGACCCAAACAAAGUUGUUGAAAAAAUUCGCGAGGAAUUGACCAAUAAAUCGGCAGAAGUUGAAAAUACAUCUUCACAGCCCAAGAAGUCUCCAACAUCGGAUGUCUCGCCGUCUACCAACGACAGUCAGCAAUCGAAGGGAAGAAUUCCACCAGGUGGCUUCUCAUCAGGCGGAUUCUGGUAAAGGGCUUUUGUGACGCAUCCGCUUUAUAUUUCAAAUGCAUUUAAAAGCGUUCUAUAAGUAAAUUUUCAAUUGUAUCUCGGAAAUCUCCCCUUUUAUAAUUCUGUUUGUAUUUGAGCUGAUUUUGAUGACAUUAGCUUCUUCUUCUCUCUUAAUCUCUGCUUUUAUUUAUAUUAUAAUAACGAUAAUCUAUUUUAUGUUACGUAUUUGCAAAAAAGAACAAAAUUCGGUUGUUAUAUUCCCUGAUGAAUGUCCAAAUCAAUUUAAAUACUUAAGAUCAUGACAUUUUCCAAAACACACAUCAUCUAACAAAAAGACAAACUCAUCUUGCACAGAUUUAUACAGCAUUUUGAUAACAUAACAAAAUUCAUGUACGUUUUAAGAAAAUCUAAUAUAAUAAGAAAAUCGGAUUGAAUUACUUAGAUGAGACUCAAAAUGUUGACUCAUCCUCUAAAAUGUUUUUAUUUUUAUUUUUUGGGAACAACUCAUUCAAAUUGUUUAUUGUUUGUUUUGUCCAAGCUUUUUUGUGAAUAUUAAAAAAGAAAAAUAACUUAACUAAAAUAAAAAUGAUUUUUACUCGAUAAA